AUGGCGGCUGCAGGCAGCAAGGGCAAGGCCCUCAUCUCUGUGUCCGACAAGACCAAUCUGGAUGCUUUGGCCAAGGGCCUGGCCGAACUGGGCUACGAGAUUGUGUCCACCGGCGGCUCGGCCACGGCCAUUGAGAAGGCGGGAGUGGCGGUAAAGCGGGUGGAGGAGCUGACGGGCUUCCCCGAGAUGCUGGACGGCCGCGUGAAGACGCUGCACCCGGGCGUGCACGGCGGCAUCCUGGCGCGCCGCGACCUGCCGGAGCACAUGUCGGCCAUCGCCGAGCACAGCAUCACCCCCAUUGACAUUGUGGUGGUGAACCUGUACCCCUUCCGCCAGACCGUUACCGCGGCCAACGCGCCCUCGUAUGAGGUGGCCGUUGAGAACAUUGACAUUGGCGGCCCCGCCAUGAUCCGCGCCGCAGCCAAGAACCACGAGCACGUGACGGUGGUGGUAGACCCAGCAGACUACAGCCAGCUGCUGGUGCAGCUGGGCGGCGGCGCCGACGCGGCCGAUGCGCUGGCCUUCCGCAAGCGCUGCGCCUGGAAGGCCUUCCAACACUGCGCCACCUACGACAGCACGGUGGCGGAGUGGCUGUGGGGCGCGGUGGGCGAGGGCCCCGCCCCCGAGUUGAGCGUGCCCAUGAAGCUGGCUCAGGGGUUGCGGUACGGAGAGAACCCGCACCAGGCGGCCGCCUUCUACACAGACGCCUCGCUGGCAGAGCACGGCAAGGGUGGCGUGGCCACCUCAGUGCAGCACCACGGCAAGGAAAUGAGCUACAACAAUUAUUUGGACGCAGACGCGGCCUACUCGGCAGCCUGCGACUUUGCGGAGCCCACCUGCGUGAUUGUGAAGCACACUAACCCAUGCGGCGUGGCGAGCCGGGACGACCUGCUGGAGGCGUACCGCCUGGCAGUCAUCGCAGACCCCAUCUCCGCCUUUGGCGGCAUCGUGGCGUUCAACCGGCCCGUGGAUGCCGACCUGGCACGCGAGAUUCGCGAGUUCCGCAGCCCCACCGACGGCGAGACGCGCAUGUUUUACGAGAUUGUGAUUGCCCCCGGCUACACGCCCGAGGGGCUGGAGGUGCUCAAGGGCAAGAGCAAGACGCUGCGCAUCCUGGAGGCCGCGCCGCGCGCCCCUAGCGGCCGCUCGCUGCGCCAGGUGGCCGCCGGCUGGCUGCAGCAGGAAGCCGACUCGCUGCAGCCGCAGGGCAUCGAGUUUACAUGCGUCAGCGAGAAGCAGCCCACGCCGCAGCAGCUGGAGGACCUCAAGUUUGCCUGGCUGUGUGUGAAGCACGUGAAGAGCAAUGCCAUCACUGUGGCCAAGGGUGGCAAGCUGCUGGGAAUGGGCAGCGGGCAGCCCAACCGCGUGAAGAGCGUGCAGAUCGCGCUGGAGAAGGCGGGGGAGGAGGUCAAGGGCUCAGUGCUGGCGUCUGAUGCUUUCUUUCCUUUUUCCUGGAACGACAGCGUGGAGAUUGCGUGCCAGGCGGGCGUGGGCGCCAUCGUGCACCCCGGCGGCAGCGUGCGGGAUGCCGAUGCCAUUGAGUGCUGCAACAAGUACGGCGUGGCGCUGCUCACCACCGGCGUGCGCCACUUUAAGCACUGA